AUGUCUGGCCCGGGACUAACCUCGAACCAGUCUGAUCUCUCGCGCUUUUCCGACUCGGAGCCCGAGCAAGAUAGAUCCCCCCCCGGAAAGUCUACCGCAGACAUUCUCUCGGGCGUCUAUCGCGGCUUCAAAAAAUUUGCGCCGAGCAGAGACGGCGAAUCGCGCCUGACGAGACAGCCUUCCCUCUCUCGACUAGGUCUGCACAGCGUUUCCCCAAGCUUGACCUCAACCCCCUCUCCGCCUCCUUCCUCGACGCCUACUCCCGUCCCGAACUCGUCCAAGAACCGGCCGCUUCAGCAUGGGAGGAGCCUGAGUCUACAGAGCAGUCUCGCCAAACCCUUACCCGAGCCGCCACCAUCGAUCCCUUCGCCCACCGGGCCCGACGUCCCUCCUGCCGUACACUACAAUAUCGGAAGCCUCGGCGCUAUAGAGGAAGGCCCAGCCGAUGACAUUGAUAGUCGCACCAGCACGAUGGAUUCAAGCGUCUCAGCGGACCGGUCGCAAAUGUACGCCAGUGGGUCGGGAUAUAACGCCGAUAUGGCCAGCAGUCAGAGCAGCUUGGCAAGCUCCUCGAGGCAAGAUGGGAGUGAAGACAUGAGGGAAAACCCGAGCUUGACGCCGCGGAGUAACGGCCCGUUGUCGGCAGGGCCCUCUCCGUCCUCCACCCAAAAUAGGACGCCCGCUUCUGCGGUUGGUACGCCGACUGCCUCGUCGUCUUCAGCCCACCUUUCAGGCCUCAUGUGCAAUGUCCACCGGACGACCGGCCGAGAGCCUCAUCCGCUUGUCGGCGCCACGACUACCAUACUGGGGGACAAGCUUUAUGUCUUUGGUGGAAGAAUACUGUCACGGAGUCGCCCGGCGCCCCUCACAUCCGACCUGUACGAACUGGAUCUUAUUCGCAGGCAUUGGUCGAAGCUCGAGACCACGGGCGAUAUACCGCCUCCGCGAUACUUCCACUCCAUGUGCGCACUGGGAGACACCAAGAUGGUCUGCUACGGAGGCAUGUCCCCGACGCCGAACCAGUCCGCCGCUGGUCCGGAUCAGCAGCCAGAAGUCACGGUUAUGUCGGACAUCUAUAUCUACGAUGUUCCCUCCCGCAAGUGGACCUAUAUACCGACUCAGGAUCCACCUCAAGGCCGCUACGCGCAUUGCGCUUGUAUAAUGCCUUCGUCGGCCACUUUCACCUCACACAAGGCGCCAUUGUCGGCCUUACAGCAUAACCCCUCGUCCGGCAAUCCGAACGAAGGUCGGAUAGGAAUCAACAUUGACGGUACGGGUGGCGCCGAAAUGGUGGUGGUUGGCGGCCAAGACGGCGCCAAUCAUUACAUUGAGCAAAUUAGCGUCUUCAACCUUCGCAGCCUCAAGUGGACGGCGAUCGAGCCUCUCGACAAAAGCUGCGGUGCAUACAGGAGCGUUGUGGCCCCUUUAUCCCCUUCUGUGACGGCACGCAUUGGCAAGUCUAGCGUCAACGGCUUCCAGCGAGACGGUGGCAUCAGCCAGGAAGCCCGCGAACCCGGAUCCUCCAUGCUCAUCUACUCCAACUACAACUUCCUGGAUGUCAAGCUCGAGCUGCAAAUCCGAUCAUCGGACGGCACCCUCACGGAGAAGCCCAUGUCAGGUUCUUACUCGCCACCGGGAUUGCGAUUUCCCAACGGCGGCGUGAUUGACACGUAUUUUGUCGUGAGCGGCACAUACCUCACUUCCUCGAAGCAAGAGUACGCCCUAUGGGCUUUGGAUCUGAAGACUUUGACUUGGUCGCGGAUUGACGCUGGAGGUGCCGUCUUCAGCCAGGGCAGUUGGAACCGCGGCGUGCUCUGGAACCGCAGGAACACGUUUGUUAUUCUCGGCAACCGGAAACGAAGUCUCGUCGAUGACUAUAAUCAUCGACGCAUCAACUUUUCCAAUGUUUGCAUGGUUGAGCUUGAAGCUUUUGGGUUCUACGACAACCCGAGGAAGACGACGCCAAUGUCUGGAUUCGUAUCGGCCAGUAGUCCGUACACUGGACCUGGUUUAAGUCUGGCCAGAAAGGCCGGGACCAUGGCAGGCGGACGCUUCCACUCGAGGGCCGCUGAGGAACUGGGGGAGAAGGCACUGGCCAUGCGGGAGCUGUCCGACAUGGAUAUUCUUUGCUUACAUGGGGAGAGGAUUCCCAUCAACUCGAGGAUGGUGGCACGCCGGUGGGGACCUUACUUUGUGCAGUUGUUGCGGGAGGGAACGGCGACUCAGGACGGCAGCGAUGCCAUGACGCUUCGUUCUGGUUCUGGAGUCAAUAACCCCGUCAGAAAUUCCACUUUGACAAUCACACCAGCUCGCAACACCGUCGAGAGCUCGGGCUCUAUGGCAAGCACCAUUAUGUCGUCAGGCUCGUCGUCGAAAGCCCCGAGUACGGCUCCGACCAGCGCUUCAGCAGCCUCCUUCUCUCUUCCCGCUUCCGGUGGCGGCGUGGACGCAAGCACCGUCAACUCGGCCCCCACGCCCAGGUCUCUUCCGCCCAACUCGCGGCCUCGAUGCCUAUACCUCCCCCACACCUAUCUCACCGUGCAGGCGCUCCUUCACUUCCUCUACACGUCCUCGCUGCCGCCUCCUUCAUCGCCUUUAUGUACGCCCCCUAUCCUGUGCUCGCUUCUUCAGAUCGCUCGGCCAUAUCGGAUCGACGGCCUCCUCGAAGCGGUGGUCGAGCGCUUGCAUGCUCUGUUGGACUCCAGAAACGCAGCUGCAGUUUUCAACGCCACCGCAAUGGCCGCUGGUGGCGGUCGUGGUAUCGACGGUUCCCUGAACCCCAACUUCUUCGUGCCCCUGGAUGCGACGGGCUCGCCCAUUUACCCCUUGGAAGGAUCCCAGAACGGCGACAGCAGUACGGACCUGCAGGGUCUCUCAUCUCGCACGGCCGCGUUGCGCAUCAACACCGCCAUGUCCUCUGGCCGGCCCUCCAGCGACGAACUUAGCGCCACAACGAGUGUCAGUGGAUCAGAGUGGAGUUCAGAGAUUGGCGACUCGGAACGAGGAGGUUUGCGCGAGGUCUGGGGUGGCGAGCUCAGUUCUGUCAUCGGUCUGCAGAAGAGAGGCUUGCGGGGUCUCAUGGAGGGGAGAAGGAUGCGUGAACGCACCGGAACGAACUCUGGUACCGGCAUGAGCGGAGGAAUGAGUUCCUACGGUGGUGGACAGGGCCGAGUGGGACUCGGCAUCGCCGGAUCAUGA